UGGUCCUGAAAUCCGACGGAGCCAAAGGAGCGGAAUCCCGGGAGAGAAGUAGGAGACAACAACAACAACAACAACAACACAAUAACAAGAGCAACAGCUACUGCGACAGCACUUUACGCCAGACAACAAACUCACACACAACAGAACAACAAGAAUAAAAAGGAGAGCGCGGGGCGGUGCGCGUGGAAGCGGGGAAUUCUCGCAACGUGUGACGCGACGCGGAGGGGAAGCUCCCCGCUGCUACGGCUGAACUGCUGGAAUUUCUGAUUCCCUUCACUGCUCACUGCAGGCCCUCUUCUAAUUGACCAUGAAUAGGUACCACAAUUCCUCAAGUGCCCUAGCCCUCCUUGUCCUCCUGACAGGAGCUUCCUUCCUCCAUCUGUCCACCUCCAAGCCGAUUAACACCCCUGGAGUUAUCGAUAACCAUAGAUAUGCUACUCCUGCAAGAGACGAGGAGAGACGAUCAAUGCAGAAAGAAGAUUCAGAGGAAGAGGAGGAGCUCUUCAAAGAUGUGGAUCCCAAAAAACUAGCGGCGGUUUUACUUGAGGCACUGAAUCACUCAAGAGUAGAGCAAAGACAGCGGCAAGUGGAGCACGGUGGGAUGGAAGGAGAAAUGAAGAAUGAGAUGAGGGGUGUUAAAGAAGAAGAAGCUGACAGGUCAGUGAGAACAAUGGAGGGGGCAGACAGAGACCGAGAUGGACGACAGGAGUUGGAACUGCUGAUGGCCGCGCAGCAGAAAAAGAGGGAGAGAGAGGAGGAAGAGGAGAGGCAGAAAGCUCGAGCAGAAGAGGAGAGGAUGACAGAAAAGGUCUCUAGUCGAACUACAAGUCAGACAGUCCAGGUCCAAGCAGAGCGGCAGCCCGCUAGUCUGGAUGGAAGAGGGGAGACCGGCCGGGUUGCUGCGCCACAGCAGGGGCCAAACAUCCCUGAACAAGGCAGCAAUGAGGAGGAGGAGCAGCUCAGCCCAGAGGAGUUAAAGAACCUUGAGACCAUGAUGAAGGAGUUUCCUCGUUUGAACACGGCCACUAAGAGGGAGGAAGAUUCAGAGCAAAACCAGAGAGAGAGCAGAGGGUACAGCAGCUACAACGACAUCAUACCAAUCAACAAAGGCAACAACCUCGCCAUGUCUAAGAAGAAACUGAAAUGGCAGGAGGAGACGCAGAAAGGACUCAACUUCCCAACCUUCAGUAGAGGCAACUUCAUGAACGACUUUGAGGGCAAUAACAACGCUGGUAGCAAUGCAGCACCGUCACUGCCUCCUCCGGAGCAGGAGGUGAUUGCAGAUGAUGGACUGCAGGACGAGGAGGGAGAAGAAGAUGAGGAGGUGUUGAGUCCCGAGGAAGAGGAGGCUCAAGCCAAAGCAGAGCAGGAGGAGAUGAGGAGGCAGGCGGCCGAGGCACAAAGGGCCAAGAUGGAGGAGGAGAAGUUAGCCGAUAUUGCCUCUGACAUGCUGCUGCGCUACAUGGUCAAACAGAACAAUGGGAACAAGAAGUAUAGCUCGUCCCUGUCCAACGCUGCGGAGGACAAGAGGUCCAAUGAGGAACAGGAGGUGACAGAGGAGGACGAUAUCGAUCCGCAGACCAUCGACAAGCUGAUCGAGAUCUCCAACAAGCUGCACCUACCUGCUGACGACGUGGUUGACAUCAUCAGCGAUGUGGAAAAGAAGAAGAAGAAAGACGUGCCGCCCGAGAUGGCGUCUCAUUGGCAGCGACCUUCAACUCCGCUAGCUUCCCCAUUCUCCUCAUCCAAGGAUUUUUCAUCAUCGCAGAUUCCAAUCAGUCGAAAUGGCUUCCCCGUCUCCAAGCAGCCCUCCCCAGCUGUCAAUCUCCUCAAAACAUGGUUACAGAACAAAUCGCCAGCCAAGUUGCAAGAUGUCUGGAGCAAACCUGCAAAGCCUCUGGGCGCCAAUCAGAAUCGUUGGACCAGACCUCAGAAGCCUCAGCCAAUUAAACAGGACCUCUGGCUAAAAUCACCGAGGCCAGUUUGGACAGGCUACCCUUCUUACCCCCACACAUACCCGUCCUACUACCAGAGGAAGCAGUACCCGGACUUCUACCCAAUCUAUUUCCCCCCUCCGCCGAGACCCAAACCCCGUUACUACAUUCCUAAACCUGCUCUCACCCAUAACAACUUCCUUGAGAAUUCCAGGGAUGACAUCUACUCUUUUCCUCCCAGACGACGUUACCCCAGCUGGGUCCAACCUCGGCUUAGAACCCCCCCUGCGGUCCUCCACCAGAGGCCAUACUACACCGCCUACCAGUAUCAGCCAGCACUCAUCCCCAAACCUCGCUCCCCUCUUCGAAAGCCUGUGAUCCCAUCUCAGCAGAAAUAUUAUUACUCAGACCCGGCGGCAGCCGCAGCAACGGGGGAUGAAAAUUACUAUGCUGCUGGAAAGCAACCAGACAGCAGCAACCGUGACAAUCUGGAGAAAUACAUACAGCAAAUACUCAUGAAGAGGCCACUGUUGGACUGAAAGGGGGAUGAGCAAGCGAGAGAAUAGUGAAAGACGAGAGAUGGGCAGAAAAGUAUUUCUUCGUGAUCUUAUUUUGGUGGUGUUGGUUUUGUUUUACAUGUGUAACAAGCUCCUUUCUGCUAUUUGGUUUGGUUUUGAUUUGGACAAGGACAUUUAAGGAGGACUUUUUCCCAGAGCUAUGCCGGAUGACUUACAUAGGUAAAAGACAGAAAAGAUACACAUCUACAUUCCUCCUCCGUAUGGGAGUGGACACAGCACGAACCUGGCCUGUUGGAAAGCAGGGGAGAUUUGUAUCAUUCUACAAAUUUUCAUCCAAGCUUCCAGCAUCUUCUCUAUUUGGACAUUUUAAAAUGCCAAUAAAGGAGGACGCUUAAAUGUAUUGCUACCUGUACUUCAAAAAAUAUCUUAAGCAGCAAUGAAUGAUGGGAUACAUUUUGAGGCUCAAGGAGUUCUAUGGUCCAAACGCAGAGAGUAUGCGUGUGCUUAUCUAAGGCAGGGGAAUUCCAACAUUAUUUCAUAAACAUAUUCUUUCUGAAAAACAAA